AUGGGCACAGUAGACGAGUUGGGCAGUAUAAACGAGCCUUAUCGGGCAGCCCUGAACAACGAUUGGGAAUCUCUGAAGAAAUUCUACCAGAAAAAUGUUGGUUCGCUGUUAUUUCCUGUAACGGCCUUCAAGGACAAUGCAUUUCACUUGGCGGUGUUCAGCAAAAAAACACGAUUAGGGUGGCUUAAAUUACUGGGAAAAAUCUCCGCACCAGUAAGGAGUAACAUCUUGGAUGAAAAGAGAAAGCAUAAACUUGCUUUCAAACUAGCGAAAACACUGAUAAAAAAGGAUUCUUCUUGGGAAGAAACCAUUAAUAGGCAAGUGGUCCCACAGUCUCCAUUCGAUAAUGACCAGUCUUCAAAAGGAGAUUAUAAGCCAAUCCCGUUAUUGCUGGCGACUGAAAAAGGAAUAGGAGAAAUUGUGAACAAGAUACUAGAAGUAUGUCCCCAGCUAGUUGAGCAUCACAAUGAUCUGGGUCAGAACAUACUGCAUGUGGCAAUUAAGCACCGUCAAUAUGAAAUCUUCAAUCAUGUGAAAAAUAUGAAAAUACCAAUGACAAGGUUAGUCCGAAAGGUUGACAAAAAUGGCUACACCAUCUUACACCAUGCUGCAGACAUGAAGCCAGAGACUACAAAGCAUCAUCCAGCAGGACCUGUAUACCAACUCCAGGAAGAGAUAAAGUGGUACAAACGUGUAAAGGAGAUCACGCCCGCCCACUACGCCAUGUUUCGUAGCAAGGACGUAAAGAUGACUUGCGACGAGCUAUUCAAUUUGAAGCACAAUAAACUACUCGGCCAAGCACAGAAUUGGAUAAAAGGCACUUCUCAGUCUUGCUCUACAGUGGCUGUUCUCGUUGCCACAGUGGUCUUUGCAGCUGCGUACACUGUGCCUGGAGGUUCUAAUGAACAGGGGUAUCCAGUUUUCCUCAACAGCACUCUCUUUUCGCUUUUCACAGUCAUGGACGUUGUUGCUUUGGCCUGCUCCUUAACCUCCGUUGUAAUGUUCUUGUCCAUCCUCACAUCGCCUAAUACGUAUGAAGAAUUCCACCGCAAACUCCCCAAAAAACUCACAAUAGGCUUCACCUUGCUCUUCAUUUCAUUGACUACAACAAUGAUUGCAUUCGCAGCAACAUUAUUGCUCAUAAUUCGUUCGGAAAAGCCACAUUGGACCACCACUCUCAUUUAUACUGCUGCAUUUCUUCCUGUCAGCAUAUUUGCACUCACUAGUUUUCCCAUGUAUGCUGCAUUUGAGAUAACUUUGCUCAAGUUGUAUCUUAGAUUGUCUAAGAAUUGGCGUGUCACAAAGUCUCCACUGCCCAAGAAGUCAGCUUCCAGAUAGGGUUCCUUUGCAGACCAAGCAGCUCCUAAACAAACCGAAUCGCACACAAUGCAGCUUGAGAACAAGGGUAAAUUGUCUGAGGAGAGUGAUAAUGAUAAUA